UCAGUCUGCAUAUUGUCAAACACUCAAAUCAGAAAAAAUCUAAUGUUAUUUAUCACAUGCGCAGAAUACAACAAGUGUAGCCCUUACAGUGAAAUGCUUACUUACAAGCCCUUAACCAACAAUGCAGAUACUUACAAGCCCUUAACCAGGUUUUGCAGAUACAAUUAUUGCUUUGAUACAUAUUGUAAUAUAUUUGUUAUUAAAGGUGAUAUGAUGGCAUAAUAAUAAGCCUUAUUGGAGACGUGAAAUGCCUUCAUGGAUACAUGUUGCCAGCAGAUGGCAGCAAAUAGUGACACAUGUGACAUUACACAAGGUAUUUACCGAACACACAAUGCCAGUUCCGUAAGUGCCCGUGACUCGUCAGUUCUUCCAAUUUAUUCGAACCGAGGUAAGCAAUCUACACACUUAAAGAAAAAAAUAUUAACUGUGCUCAAAAGCUAAUGAUGAUGUAAGGUAGGCAAUGUCUUUUACUGGAAUGUUCAUUCGGGAAUUUUACCAAAAGUGAAAGAGUGCUGUGUGUUUUUGGUGCAUGGAAGUUGCUGCUAAAGAAGGUACUGUAACAAACUGGACUGCAAUGUAAUUAAUGAAGUAUAAUAAUGUUUCUGCAUGCAUAAUAACACAAUUGUAUGUUCUUAUUAUUCUAGGUUCCACUGUAAUUCAGAGGGAGAUUACAUCAUUUCAAGCAUGAAGUCAGUUGUCAGCAUUUCUUCCUCAGUUAGGGCUGUGUGCCAGUAUUCUCCUAACUAUUUUAUGACUAGUAGUCGGGGGUUAAUACGUCACUCAGAUUCACUUGGAAGAAUAUUGAAAUCGGACGUUUCUUUUAAAGCCAGACUGGCACAACUAUGUGUAAAAAGUAGUUUAGGCUGCUUCCAUAACACACGUGAGAUGGGGGCGGUGGCGCAACAGUUAAGUAACCUCCCAUUUGCAGAAGAGAAAGACUACGAAUUAAGGGUUCACCUGGAGAAAGACCUUUUGCCCAAAACAGCUGGACAGCCUUCCAUUGACACCCAAUUAGGAACCAGUGCUUCACCAACACAACUAGGGCACUUAAAAGUGGAGCCACUUUCUGUCAAAUCCCUUUUUGAGGUUGAGGUUUUACCUGAGUUGUUAACACGUUUGAAAGAAGCUUCCAGCAAUGAGAAAACUGAGGGUCUGGCAACCUUACUGGGAGUAUGUGUUGAGUUUGGUGUGGACUAUCAAAGUUCAAUUGUCUCCAGAUUGAAAGAGGAGUGGAGGACACACCUCUCCAAAACAGACAUUGGGGUCAUUCACCUGUGCCACCUUGGAGAAGUAGCCUAUAAUCUGGAGGGGAAGAGGUCAGAGAUUGUCGAGCAGGUUCUCGACUCCGUGAGCAUCAGCAUUGAUGAGGGUGAGGCUCUCACCCAAAAUGAAACCGCUCGUGUGUACUCCUUCCUUGCACUACUCGAGGACCCACACCGUUGCCAAGAUCUCAUGUCAAGACUGCACAGACACACAGAGAAAUUGACACACAGACUACAAGCCAUCAACAUCAGUGACAUCUUCCACUCCCUGGUGGCAUUACAACAGAGGCAGGCCAUUGCACUGAUUGUGAAGCUGAGCAGACGGGCCUCUAGGGUAUUCAGAUCGUUCCAAGAUGAAGAGCUCAUCAAAGUUCUAGCUGCCUUAAUGCAUUUCGGUCAGCAUGAUGAAGACUUCAUAACAGCCAUGGAAAAGCACCUGCCAGGCAAAAUAGUUGACGCAGACCCCGAACUCACAAGCGUGGUGAUGGAGUUUUGCCUUCAGAUGAGGUGUCGCUCAGAGCCCAUAUUCGAAGCUGUGGCUGAGAGCUUUAUUUGCAACUCAGAGAAGUAUACCACAUCCCAGAUAGCCCGGCAGAUCAUUGCCAUGGGGAGACUGAGCUACCUGCCCCAGUGCUCCAGUCAGAUGUUUAAGAAGCUGGAGAGUAUCCUCUCCUCUCGCUUCUCUCAGUUCCAGCCCAGGGCUCUGAUUGAAGUGCUCCACUCCUGUAUUCACCUGGAGAGGUUUCCACUCAACUUUGUGUCCAAAGUCUUCAGCCCCUACUUCCUACAGAGGUUGCAAGCACAAGGGGAGCCCCUGGACAAGCAUGCCUUAGGCCAGCUAACCCAACUCAACCUCUCUAUCUCACUCGAGUGCACCUACCGGGGCCCGAGAUUACCAUACCAUCUCCAUGUGAAGAAGUUUUCCUCCAUGGACCACUCCUUUGAGAGCCCUGUAGAGAGCUACCUGUACAACCAGGUGAAGGGCCCUCUUAACAAGCUGCUAGAGGGAAAGACCUACUACUCUACCAGGGUCUUCACACAGCCUGGAUACACCAUAGACGUGGAGAUCUGUCUGGAUGAGGAGGGGUUUGUCCUGCCUCUCUCACAGUGGGACCACACUCAUAGGAGGAUUGCCUUGUGCCUGGAUGCUCAGGACCGCUUCUGCAGCAACACCCAUCACCUUCUGGGAAAGGAGGCCACAAAGAGACGCCACCUCUGCAGAAUGGGCUACGAAGUGGUUCAGAUCCCUUACUUUGAAUUUGAAAAAUUGAGAACACAAGAGGAACGGGUACAAUACCUUCAUAAGAAGAUAUUCCCCACAAUCUUCAGGUUUUACCGGUGACUUCUCAGAUAGGAUAGGAGGACAUUGUGUGACAUCACAUCCAAGCUCCUUGACCUCUGACCUGACAUGGCCUUCAACAAGAUGAACUAGGAUGUUUCUUAAACUGUCUACUAAUCAUCACAGAAAACAUUGGAUUGGAUUAGGCAUGAACCUUCCGUUUAUAAACGGAAGGUUCAUAAUACUAUUGUUAUGACAGUGUUGGGCUAGAAAAGUGUUAAGUCAUUGUACAUAAUGUGAUGGCAUUUUUCACAAAAUAUGGGCUAUGGUGGUAAUAGGUCAACUAUAAACUGCAUACUUCCAUAUAUGAGCUUUCUGCAGUCUGUAAGUUAUACACUGACUCUAUAUUUAUAAAUAAAACAGGUUUGUGUUUCCAUGUAAGCUUGAAGGUACUGUAUAUUUUGUACAAUGCACUCUAUUUUCCAAUACAAAAUGUGUAAAACCAGUUUUCAAACUACCAUGGGAAAAACUCAAAGUUCCAUCGCUGUUAUGUGCUUUUGUAAACAAUAAACAUGAUUUGUAUAAAGCCUCA